AAAAAACCAGCUUUCUUUCCCUCUUAGUAGUUUUUUCUAUCCACAAACUCACUGCAGAAGAGAGAAGGAGAGAUUCCAAAUCUAAACCUUCCUCACAUCAUCACAUGGCCUCCUCCUCCUCCUCCUUCUUCUUCUCCCCCUCCUAAGUUGUAAAUCACCUUCCCCUUCCCCUUCCCCUUCCCCUUCUUCUCUGCCCCCGCCGCCAACCAUCCCCCUCCUCCUCUGCCUUGCUUCAACAGCAACAACAACACGAAGAAAACCAAUUUCUUCUCCGCCGCCCCGAUCCAAUCCCUACCUCUCUCUGCUUGCUCCGCCACCAACCCUACGCCCAAGACGAUUUCUCCCCGCUUCCUUUCCAUGCGCCGGAGCUGGAGCCGGCCGACUAGACUACUCUCCCCGUAGAGGAUUCCCAUAGCCUCCUCCUAGCUUAGCGAGCUACCCCCGACCCGACCCUGCCCUCACCAACACCCCACCCCACCCAAGCUCCGAUUUUUAUUCUAUUCCCCUUCCCCCUCCCUCCCUCCAGAGUAGGUUGCUUCUCGCUCGGGUCAACCCGCUCCGGACCUCUCCCUCCCCGCCGGAUCUCGCCCACCGAUCCCUAGUCCACCGAGAAGAGCAGGGCAUGGUGGGGCAGACCAUGAUGCGCAUCGUGCGGCCCUGCUUCAAGCCCUCGCUGCCCGACGGCGCGCAGGUCGUCGCCGCCGGGGGCGGCGGCACCAGGGAGGGCCUGCUCUGGUACAGGGACGCCGGCCGCCACGCCUGCGGCGACUUCUCCAUGGCCGUCGUGCAGGCCAACCAGCUGCUCGAGGACGCCAGCCAGCUCGAGGCCGGGCCCCUCGUCGCCGCCGACGGGCCCUGCGCCACCUUCGUCGGCGUCUACGACGGCCACGGCGGGCCCGAGACCGCCCGCUUCGUCGCCGAUAACCUCUUCCACCACCUCAAGAAGUUUGCGACGGAACAACAGACAGUCUCGGCCGACGUGAUACGCCGAUCCUACGCUGCCACGGAGGAGGGCUUUCUGAACCUUGUGAGGAAGCAGUGGCUCAUCAAGCCGCAGAUCGCCUCGGUCGGUACAUGUUGUUUGGUUGGCAUUAUCAACGAAGGUGUUCUGUACAUAGCAAACGCCGGCGACUCCCGUGCUGUCCUCGGGAGAGUCGAGCGGGGCGCCAAAGACAUUAAGGCAGUUCAGCUCUCGUCCGAGCAUAACGCGAGCUUUCAGGAGGUAAGGGAUGAGCUAAGACAGAUGCACCCGGACGACCCCCGGAUCGUGGUCCUCAAGCACAAUGUUUGGCGCGUCAAGGGCAUUAUUCAGGUUUCCAGAACGAUCGGUGACGCCUACCUAAAAAGUUCGGAGUUUAACCGCGAGCCUCUUCUGGCCCGGUUCCGUAUUCCAGGGCCCUUCCAUAAACCGAUUCUUUGUCCGGAACCAUCCAUAGAAGAACACAGACUGUGCGCAGAAGAUCAGUUUGUUAUAUUUGCGUCAGAUGGACUAUGGGAGCACUUGAGCAAUCAGGAAGCUGUGGAUAUAGUUCAUUGUUCGCCUCGGAAUGGCAUUGCGAGACGACUAAUAAAAGCAGCUCUGCGGGAGGCGGCAAAGAAGAGAGAAAUGAGAUACUCAGACUUGAAGAAGAUCGACCGCGGGGUCAGGAGGCACUUCCACGAUGAUAUUACUGUUGUGGUAUUAUUCAUGGACCCUGCGCUUGUCAGCAGGAGGCUCUACGGUGGGCCGUUGCUUUCGCUAAGGGGUGGUGGCAGCACGCCAACGUUUGCACAGAAAUGCUGACCAUCCAUGACUGAUGCUUUCUGGAAAUAUCCUCCUAUAUAUCGUUCAUAUCUUGGGCUGGUGCUCUCCACACGACUUGCAGACACUGCGUAGAGCGGUGCGUGGAGGAGCCGUAUUGUUUUGACUUCUAAUAUGUACAGAUAGAGAGAGAGGCGUUGUUCGAUUCGAUCGCCGCGUCAUCGGUGUGAUGACAUGACCCUCUGUUGGCUCGCUCGCUCGGAGAAACCUAAGCUGGCAGCUGCAAUGCAUAAUUUGCAGGUAUCAGCUGGCGUUUCUCUUUUCGCGGGGUGGAUGGACCUCAACUUGAGCAGUACUUUAAGAAACAUGGGAUUGAGACAUUGCUGGAUGCUGUUGUUACAUCUCAUGGCUUCUACUUCAUUUUGCAGCUUCUUCGGCUUUCUGUCCCACAUUGUAUAACUGUUUAAGCUUUAUUAAGCUGGAUGCAGCUCUGUGAAGUGUGGAUGUUGGGGCAGAGUUGGAUUAGCAUUAGCCAUGGACUUUGUGAAGAGUAUAUGUCCAUUUUGCCAAGACAUGAAGGACUAAAAAUAUAUAAUCUACUUUAACUUGUUGAA